GAAAGAGGGGAAUUUGGAAACGAGGAGAAGCGGACGUCGUGUUGGAAAAACGGGAGGGUGAAUCUGAAUGUGGAAGUGAGAGGGUGAAUCGAGGGAGGAGAUGCGUGACGUGGGGCCUUUAGUGCGAGAAAGAGGGAGAAAAGGAGAGAAAGAAAGGAAGGGAGACACGAGUAGCGGCAAGGCUAUUUCGAGGAAGAGAGAUGAGUGAAAAGUAGAGGGGUGCGUCGAGGUGAUAAGGAGGAAGAUGGCAAUAUAAUUGCGAGAAGGAAAAAAUAUAUAUACGUGGGUUAGAGAGAAAAGGAGCGAUCUCUCUAGAAGAGAUGAGAAAUAAGACAGAUAAUCCGAAUUCUGAGCGAGAUAGAUAACGGGCAAAGAGGGGUUGGAACCGCGCAGGGAUGAAACCAAGAGGGUGCAACUGGUGAAAGUGGAAGGAGUGCGACGCGAGCGGCUACAGGGGAGUGGAAGAAAGAGAGAGAGAGAGAGAAGGACAGGGUGAGAGAGGCACGCGACGGCGUCUCACCUGUUUGCCAACCCGCCAGUCUGGUUUACGCGCCCGGUCAUCCGUCGACGCUACAAGUGGCUAUCCCACUUCGACUCUCGAACAAGCGCGGGAUCGUUCGUCUAUGACUCUUUGUUGCCGUAAACGUUCGUAGAUCGCGAAAGUACGCGCGAUUGACGUUUCGAGAUUCAACGAUACGAUACGUCUCGCUUCGGAAGAUUCGUCUCGACGGUUGCUCCUCCUCGUCAUCGUCGUCAACGUCAGCGCGACGAUGAUUGCCUCGCGUCAACGACGCAGGCGGGAAGAUCGAGGGUGUGCGAUAUCUUAAGUGCUCAACGAAGUAGGAUGACUUUUGCGACAAGCAGAAAUAUUUCCGAAGAAUUGCAGAGAAAAUCCGAAGAGGAGUCGCAAAUGGCCGUGACUGUGAAUCGAUAUUACGACGCGAGGAAGUACCGUAAAAGUUCUCGUGGCCGAGGGAUUUUCGUUCAUGACGAGUCAGCUGGCGAGCGAUAUCUAAUCGAUCAUCCGCGAAAUCGAUGCUUGUAGAUUUCGAGGUAUUUUGCGGCAUUUCGGUUCCCGAGAAGUCCACGAGUUACGUGAGAAUUUCGGACGGCAGACGACGAUGACAUUCGCCUGAACGAUCGCCUAAACGAUCGGUGUCAGCACUUACGAGAAAAACAUCGCACGUAGAAAAAACGACAAAAAUGAGUUUCUUCAACUCCCUGCAGGAGAUUGUGACAAAUAGUGUGGCUAGUUUCAGCCUGAGCCCGAAGAGAUUCUCGUUCAGUCGCGAGGACUCGAAAGGCGACUCCAGUGGGACCGGAAGAAGUAGUUCUACCGGAAGUGUCUCUUCGACGACCAACACUUGUACCGCUGCCCAAGCCACGCCGCAUGGUUUUCCCAAGGUUGUGCCGCCGCCAGGAACCGUCACGUCGCAUACGCGAUCUCUCUCGACACGUAGACGCACACUUGAGUCCACUUCCUCUUCGGGAUUGACGGUGCACCCCGCGACAGGAAGUGGCGCCACAUCGCCGAGGCGGGUCGGGUCCUUCCGUCGAAGCGGCGGGUCCAGCGAUCGACCGCCUCUUAUGUUCUGUCGUCGUAGACCAUCCUGGCCGGAGGUCGACAUACAGGCUACUUCCGGUGUUCAAGAAACGGAUGGAUCCUUCUUCGAAAGCUUUACUGCGUUAUCUUGGAAGCAGGAGAAUCGGAGACUCGUUGUCCUUCAGGAAGUGGAAGCAAGAGCAAAAGAACCGCCACCACCGUCCAGAGACCCGAUUUCCUCCUCACAUCCAUAUCGGCUUAGCAAAAAGGAGAUAGAGCAAUUGUAUAUAGAAGUCCUUUACACAAUUGCGAACACAGUAGGCGCCAGUACAGGACAAUACGCACAUUAUAAGGAGGAUUUAUAUCGAUAUGCUCAGGAAGCUUUUGGAGUCCCGCCGGAUCAGCACAGGCGAUAUCUUAAUAUUGCCUCGGAAGAAAAGCCACCUAUUGUUGUGCUAAGCGUGGUCGUAAUAGAAGCCGAUGGACUCGAGGCAAAGGACGUCAAUGGAUUCAGCGACCCUUACUGUAUGCUGGGAAUACAGCCUAGCAACGCAGGUGCGCCAUUGAGUCCUCAGACAAAUUUAUCGGCGCAUUCGCCACAUACACCACCAGCAUCCCCUAGACAAACGACUCGCGCCCUGUCGGAUGGUGGUGACAACGAGAACUCGCACCACGAGAAGCUUCGGAAACAUCAUAGUUUCAGGCUUUCGUUUAAGCGUAAGGAACACAAUAGCAGACGGGAACACCGCGAGUCCUUGAGCGGUGCUCUACCUGCGAAGUUUAUACGAGCAACCUCAGUGAAGCCACACACGCUGAGCCCACGAUGGAACGAGAAGUUUCGUUUCGACAUCGACGACAUCAAUACGGACAUUCUUCAUCUGGACAUAUGGGACCACGACGACGAGUCCUCGGUGUUCGAUGCAGUAAUCAAACUCAACGAGGUGCGAGGCGUGAAAGGGCUUGGGCGAUUUUUCAAGCAAAUCGCGCAGAGCGCUCGAACUGGAAGUCAGGACGACUUCUUGGGUUGUGUAAACAUCCCUCUAGUGGAUAUUCCAAGCACUGGAGUGGAUCAAUGGUACAAAUUGGAAGCGCGAACACAAAGAAGUAAUAUCCAAGGUAGAAUUAGACUGAAAUUAUGGCUGUCGACUAGGGAGGACCGUGGGACAUCCGAAGAGGAUAAUUGGGGUGAAUUAAGACAACAGGAGAGGCUGUACACGGUUUUCCUUAAUCAUGAAAUGAAAAAACAAGGGGAAGAUUUUACUGGAGAACUGCCGCAAACCGCACUAACAAUUUUACAUCAACACGCGGUGCAAGGUGACGUCACUGAAUUGCAGCAAGCUUUGAUAAGAUGGGUAGCGAGUUCUCGACAACACGCCGUUGAUCCACGAACUCUUCAUCGUCUUCUGCAGGAACUUGACAGUCGAUGGCAUACCGAAACCCUUUCUCGUGACGCAGAGCAGUGCCUGGCAGAUUCCUUUAAUGAUUUCCUGGAGAUAUCUUUAAAAAAGGUCAGACAGCAUCGCGUACUUUAUCCACCUCUGCACAGACCGACUAUAUCAAAAUUGGAUUAUCUGCUCAGAUGUCUGGGACUUCUCUCGACUAUGAAGGCUUUUCGAACUUGCUGUCCUUUUAACAAGGAAAUCCGAGGAGAGAUUAUUACUGCUCUUAGAAAAGGAACUCUCGAAUGGUACGAAGAUACCAGGCAACAGACUAUGUGUCACGAUCAGGAACCUGAUCAGGAUAUUGAUCGAGUCCUGCAAGACUUCACCAAUUUAGUAACCACAUUAUUGGUCGAUCUGGAACAGGGACUUUUAUAUUAUAAUAGUCUCUUUGAAAGUACAAAUGGUGUGCCAUAUUUCUCAGCAGUUUACAAGCAACUAGAAAAACUGCUGGCGGAACACGUGGCGAAACACAUGGAGAACACUUCAGAGAUGCAUAACGAGCUUGGUGCAAGAGUCACCACUGCUUGUCUGCAGUUGCAUGGUCAAAAUAGAGAUGAGGAAUAUGUUCUGCCACCCGGCGCUGAGAUAGGAACACCAAUAUUCGAGCUUUAUUUGGCACUUCAAGAUUUCGUAAACAUGAAGGACAAUUUACCGCAAUCAGAUCACAAAACUUUGGCAAUCUGCAAAUAUUACGAAUGGUUCAGACCAGCUGUCGACAAGUGGCUAGAUCUGGCGAAGCUCAAAGCAGUUCAAAGAGUGCGAAGAGCCGCGGAACUUGAUCGAGUCUGCACUGGAGAAUAUUUCGUCAAACAUUGCACAUCAGCAAUCGAUGCUACUGCGUGCUUUUAUCAGAUUAAAGAAUUCUGGAAGAAAUUGGCGUGGCCAGAUCUACCUGGAUCUUAUAAUUUCGUGCUGAAAGUUGUCGAUGCAAUUUGCAGUUCUGCGGCUUAUUAUGCGGAGAUAACACAUCAAAAGCUGGCGGAUAGCGGAUAUUAUGAGGAGCAUACACCGUAUAAAACCACAGAUGAGGUAAUCGCUCAGAUGUGCGUAGCUAUCAAUGGUCUCGAGUAUGUGAGAAGAUGGUUAAUAAACUUGGGCGAAGAACUUCGCGUGGAACAGAUUUUGACGGCUUUGGAAAAUCAAGCAGGCGAAUCUAUUCGGAUACAAUGGCGGAAUGCGUUAAUAACGCCGCUGGAACAAACCCCUGACCAAAUGUUGCUUUUCAUAAAUCAGAUAGUUUCGAGAAUUGGAGCAAAGAUGAGACCGCCUUUAAAAAAAGCGAUGUUUCACUUGGCUUGGUCUCCUGACAGUCUACCGACUACAGAGGCGAUAACACCUCUCGUCGAAUAUCUAGAUGUUCAUCUGGUCGCACUCAACUCAGCUCUACUUGCUGCGAAUUUCAAUCGCAUUUUGCAAGACAUUUGGGAAGUGGUGCUGAGCGAAUUAAGCAGCCAAAUGGAUGGAAAUGCUGAGGAUAAACCAAUUAUGUUUUACGAAAGAUUGCACGAGGCACUUGAUUUAUUAGUGAAAUUUUUCAAUGCUGAUGACAAGGGUUUACCUUUAGAAGCAUUACGUCGUCAAAGUUUCAUGAAUGCAGAAGAGCGCCUUCAAUAUCACAAAAUGGAUACAACUUUCUUGAUCGAUCGAUUUUAUUAUCAACGUCUUCAGGACCAAUACAACACAGUUAGCUAUGAAUAUGGAGUUCUAACAGUGCGAGCUUAUUUAAAUCACGAUUCUCUGUGCGUUGAAGUGAUAAGUGCCAGAGACGUUAUACCGUUAGAUCCGAAUGGAUUCAGUGAUCCUUUCGUUAUAAUCGAAUUGCUACCACGACGAAUGUUCGAACAUUGCGCCGAACAGCAAACUAAUAUCAAAAAAAGAACUCUACAUCCCAUGUUUGACGAGUGUUUUGAAUUUUCGGUACACGUGGAGCAGUGUCGUGAUCCUAACGCGAUGAUUCUUUUCACGGUAAUGGAUCACGAUGUUCUCACGGCAAAUGAUUUUGCUGGUGAGGCUUUCUUGGGACUUGGUACCAUUCCUGGCGUUGCCGACACAAACACUAACAUAGACAAUUUCCACGGCCUCAAACAUCAGGAAUUACCACUUAUGCACCAGAAAAAUCGGAAUCAUCCAAUCCUUCAAAUUUUGGAAACCCGAGUCGGCGACAAAAUUGCUCUCGAUUUUGUAAAGAAGCAGAAACAACGAUUCGCCACGUAAGCACAUUACGUGCCGAGGAAAGAGAAAAAGAAUAUUGCAACCGACUUUAAGACUUGUAUAUUAAAAUUAAGAAUCAAUGAGAAGAUCGAAGAGAAAAAAAAGAGAGGACUAAAUUCAUCCCUGCGAAGACAUCGUCGAUUCUCACUCUCUCUCUCUCUCUUCCUCUCUCUCUCUCUCUCCCUCCCUCCCUCUCUCUCUCUCUCUCCGCAUUUCUCUCGAACACUAUCUUUCUCUGCCUAUCUUUUUACCAACCUUUAUCCUAAAGAUCCGUCAGAUCUAUUUCAGUGUAAAUUGUGAAUAUAAUCGGUGUUGGUUCAAAAGAAAAAAAAGAAAAAAAAGGAAAGAUGCGGAGAAGA